AGUAUAUGGCACGCUAAAAGCGGCUAGGCAAAAAGCGAAAGUGGCCAUAUUAAGCCACGUUUUUUGCGGUCAUUAUUUAGCAUAAUACGUAUAGCUAGCUCACCAAAAUAAAUAGAUAUGAGUAUUCCUGUUGACAACAGCAGAGGUACAGCUAACAGCAGCAUUGUUGAUGCCCUGCGUGGAGCUGGUGACAUUGGAUUACACAUUGAUGACAUUGUUGAACUUUCGGGAUUAAAAGAGAAGAAAGAUGUUCAACCAAGAUUGUGGGCUUUAUUAAACAGCGGUUGCAUACAACAAGUUCCUCAGGAGCAGAAAUGGAAAAUCUCAAAAACUCCAGAUACGGCAUACACCACAUUAAAAUCUGAUUCGUUUGCACAAAAUGCAGAAACUCCACCAGCUGUUGACUUACCGACUAUUAAUCUUCCCCACAGUGGUAAAUUUUCGUCCUAUAAAAACAGCCUUCAAGAAUACUGUCAAAAACUACACUUGCCAGUUCCACAGUACAAGUCUACACGAGGUUCGUACGGGUUAAUGGGUUGCGUGAAAUUUGCAUCGAAAUCUGUGAGUGCAGCGAAAGCGACAGACACAGUGAAAGAAGCCGAUCAACGAGCUGCUUUCCAAGCUUUGAAACAGCUAGGAUAUCUUGACAAAUCAUGCACCUAUGAAAAUCUUAAUACGUUAAAACGUAAAGAUGGAGGGACUGAAGGCACUCCACCACAGAAGCAAACUUGUGUGGGUAGUGAUGCCAAGCUUCACGGAACAUACAAAAGUCAACUGAACGAACUUGCGCAGAAAAAUAAACUGGCAACACCAGUUUACGAAACUGUUGGUACGUCGCAAGGCUUCGUUUCGACGGUGACGUUUAACGGUCGUCAAUUCAAAUGCAUUUCGCCGUGCGCAAAGAAAAAGGACGCGGAAAAAGAUGCAGCUCAUAUGGCCAUGCAUAUUAUAGCGGGAGUACCUAUAGAAAAUGCUGACCAAGCUGCUGAACAAAGCGCAUCUCUUGAUCAAACAGAUGUAAGCAACAUGAUCACAGAAGCACGUCAGGAAGCGUCCAACAGCAGUGGUGUCGUGUCCCCGAAAAAUAGACUGCAGGAGUAUUGUCAACGAUUAAAAAAACCUUUGCCGGAAUACGACACAAACGCAGGCGCUGACGGGUUAUAUUUAACUACGGUCACUGUGGAGGGAAGAACGUUCACGAGCGAUGCACGACAAUCGAAAAAGUUAGCGGAAAGAAGUGCAGCGGAGAUGGCUUUGAAAGAGUUAGGAUUAAUGGUGUGAUGAAUAUCGAACUGAUCGCUUCUUACAGAGUUAUGUUCUUUUGACACUUUUACAAAAAAGUAAACUAUUUUUAUUUCUAAAACUGUACAUACUUUAUCACUUUUACAAAGAAAAAGAAAAACGCAACAUUUAAAAAGUUGGAUCUAUUUAA